AUGCUUGAUACUUCACCAUCCAGAGGUAGUCCAUUUCCACCUGUAGAACCUAUAAGAACCACGUGCUCUGCUCAAGCCAAGAAAACUCGGCUUCCAUUGAGUGCAGAUGAAGAUGUUUCAAGUGCCAUUAAGCGGUUCUGUGUUAGUAGUGAAGACAAAGAAAAUACUGAUAGCUCUCAAAGUUCAAGCGUCAUCUUUAAUGACAUCUUUAACUAUAGGUGCAGACAUAGCUCUUCAGUCCCAGAUCUUCGAACAACUGGUUCGCCAUCACUCACAACAGUUUCUAUGUUAAGUCCAAGUAUGAUAAGUCAAAUCCUUACGAUAUCUGAUUCUCCUCCACCCUUUAUGAUCAGAGAUAUAUCUCCAAACUUAAAGAAUACUGGAUUUCAGUAUGUUUUAGGAGCAGCUACAUCUAUUGCAACAAAAAUUAAUGAAGAAACAAUGACAUAUUUAAAUCAAGGUAUGUUUUAUAAUGACUACACCUUUAAUGUAAGUAAAAUUGACUUUUAA